ACCAUCAAUAUUGACGAAAUCUUCUAAAACUUUAGAAAUCUACAAUUAUGAUUAUAACUUAACGGUAAAGAUCUGGUGAAAAUGGUAUUCAUAACCGUAGAGCUGGUGCGUAAGAGUGCUGAACAUCACGACCGGGAACUAGCACCGCUGGAGGAGAUCGCCCUUCACCAGAAGAACAUUGAGAAAAUCGAAUACCUCCAAGAUUGGUGCCCCAAGCUCAAAAUACUUCUGUUGCAAAGCAAUCUCAUAGCCAAGAUCGAAAACCUUAACAAGUUGAAAUAUUUGAACUAUCUCAACCUUGCGAUGAACAACAUUGAAGUUAUAGAAAAUCUAGAUAGAUGUGAGUCACUUCAAAAGUUAGACCUUACACUGAACUUCAUCGGAAACAUAGUCAGUGUUGAAAGCUUGGUUAACAUCUACAACUUGGAAACUCUAUAUCUAACAGGGAAUCCGUGUGUGGACUACGACAACUACAGACACUUUGUCGUAGGCACUCUUCCUCAGCUUACUUCGCUCGACGGUCAUGACAUUGAAAGGUCUGAAAGGAUACAAGCGCUGCAAAAUCUUCCUCAUAUUAGAUCCGAUAUUUUAUUUGAGCAAGAAAACUACCGACACCUACGUAGAAAGCAAAAGACUCGACUAGACCAAAACAUCAAUGAAAAGUGGGAAAAAGUAUAUAAAGAUAUGGAUCCGGAUGAACGCAACAAGAAAUUUUGGUCCGAGAAGUGUGAACAUGCACCUGAAGUCCGAUACGAAAUGGAACGUAUGAGGCAAAUGAAACUGCAAGCUGAAUCUGAAGAUAAAAAUGAUGAAAAACCUCGCGAACUUAAAUUAUUUGCACCGGAUGGCCGUCCGUAUAACUUAAAUCAAGCGAAAAUAGAUUUUACUUUCAGUGAUUGGGAUCCUGACCAGUACACCCUGGACCUUGCAGUUUACAAAUACAUGGACACGAGUCUUGUAGAUGUUGAUGUGCAGUCUAAUUAUGUAAGAGCCACCAUCAAGGAAAAAAUAUUUCAACUACACCUGCCUGAAGAAGUUGACACAGUAAAUUCGAAAGCACAACGAUCUCAAACCACGGGGCAUUUAGUAAUUACUAUGCCGAAGGCUAAAGCAAUCGCUAGAAAAUUAGAAAUGGAAAAAGAAAUGUACAGUGAAAUGAGAUUUGAUAAGAAAGAAAAUAAAAAAUGUGAGGAAUAUACUAGAAACGGUCAGCGCCAAUCAAAACGAGAAUUUCUAGAAAUAGGUCCAGAACCGGCUGAAGUUCUUGAUUUUACUAGUAUGACGAAACCACGGGAUACUUUUAAACAAAUCAAUCUUCGCACUAAACUUACCGUAAAGAAGCCCUCGCCUGAUUUUGUGGACGACCCAGAAGUGCCUGAUCUUAUUUAACGCAUGGGGAUGUAGAUAACGC